GGCAGACAGCUUGCGUCACUGACUGAUCUCCCUCCGCCAUUUUGUUACAGACGCGGCACUUUAUUUGUUCGACCUUUUAAAGUCGCUGAAAUCAGUCUUGCACACUUCCCACAUUCGAUCUAUUUACAAUCACCCCAGAAUGCUGACCGAAGACCAGACCGACUUCAGCACAGAUGAGUUUCCAGAGGGAUCGAAAAUAAAUGCUAGUAAAAACCUGCAAGAUGACGGGAAAAUGUUUAUUGGUGGACUCAGCUGGGACACCAGCAAGAAAGACCUUGCUGAUUAUCUAUCGAAGUUUGGUGAAGUCUUGGACUGCACCAUUAAAACAGAUCCUAUGACUGGACGCUCCAGGGGAUUUGGAUUUGUGCUCUUCAGAGAUGCUGAGAGUGUUGAUAAGGUGUUAGAGUUACAGGAACACAAGCUGGAUGGGAAACUAAUCGAUCCAAAAAGAGCCAAGGCAAUUCAGGGUAAGGAACCUCCCAAGAAAGUGUUUAUUGGUGGUUUAAGUCCGGACACUUCCGAAGAUCAGAUCCGGGAAUACUUUGGAGCUUUUGGGGAAAUUGAAAAUAUUGAGCUGCCCACAGACACUAAAACAAACGAAAGGCGAGGUUUCUGCUUUAUAACAUACGUUUCAGAGGACCCAGUUGAGAAACUUCUGGAGAACAGAUACCAUGAAAUUGGAUCAGGAAAGUGUGAAAUCAAAGUUGCUCAGCCCAAAGAAGUGUACAGGCAGCAGCAAAACAGAGGAAACAGGGGCUUUGGAGGAGGGCGAGGAGGUGUCAGAGGCCGAGGAAGAGGAGGACAGAGUCAAGGCUACAAUCAAGGAUAUAACAACUACUAUGGCCAGAACUAUGGAGGCUAUGGAAACGGAUACAACCAAGGCUAUAAUGGAUAUUCUGGCUAUGACUAUUCUGGGUAUAAUUAUCAGAAUUAUGGAUAUGGACAAGGCUAUGAUGAUUACAAUGGUCAACAGAGCAGUUAUGGCAAGGCCUCACGGGAUGGUGGAAACCAUCAGAAUAGCUACCAACCAUAUUGACAUAGCGACUUUACGUUCAUAUUAAUGCGGGGACUUCAUUGCAGGCCGUGUGUCCCCUGACCACGACAUUCUCUGGGCGUCGCACAUAGCGGGCAGAGAGCACGGCAUGCACAAGAAAACGCUGUCCAGUGGUAUGGUCUCUUCAAACUUCCUGUACCAGCGUAAAAAAAGUCAAAGGAGAUUCCCCCAUUUCCUUAAUUUGUCGGUUUUCUUUAACAUUUUAAAAUGUGUUUUUUACAGGUAUUUAUUAAUGUAACCUAAAAGUGAUUGAUAACUGCUUUGUUGUAAUCUCUUUUUCAAUUUUAGUGCUCUUGUAUUUCAGUUGUGGAGCUUCAAUGAUUUUGAUUUAUGUUGGUUUCUUCCUUAAAACGUCACCUCCCUUGUAAAUUGUAUAAACUCAUAAUGCUUGCUUUUUGUCUUUAGAGCCCAUAGCGAACUUCAAAUGGGUACACUUCAAGUCUUGUCCUUAAACAUAGGUUUUAAAGAUCAUAUGUAAAGUUGGUUUUGAAGCCAUUAAAAGCUGAUGAAAUCUGUGUUAGACAGAUGCUAAAUAUUGGCUAUAUAUAUCACAUCUCUAAAUUUUAAGGAGAAAGCAUUUGGAUUGGCUCCUUAAUGGUGUUCAUCAACUAACCUCAUGGAGUCAAAGCUUUUGCUGGCUUAUAAACUGUAUUCUGUGAAUCUAAAAGUGAUUAUCAACAUAUGAUCUUUAAUUUUUAAUGGUGGUUUUCCUAGUUUAAAAUCAACAGCUCAAGAAGUUUAACAAACAUGGACGUGCUUUUUUUUACUGUUGUAAAUCAAUAAAUCAUGGCGUGUUUUUCUCUUGUAGGUCGGCAGGCUGAUUUGAGCAUUUGACUUUGUUCCCUGGAGGCAGCUUGUGGAUUCCUGUCCCUUAACAACUAUAAAAAUGUUAUUUGGUCCUUGAGACAAAUUCUGUGUCCAACCUUGUAAAUAGUGCAGUGUUUUGUUUCUAAGUUUGCCUUAUUCUGUGCUUCAUUCACAUAGAAUCUGUAGGUUUUGUGCUGAUGUGUUCUUAAAUGUUCAGUAGGAAAGUGUCAUUUGUUUUGUAUUUUAGUUUUUCCUGCAGUUUUUGGAUAAAGGGAUUAAAAUGGGAAAAAGU